UCGCGAAGUGAACCCGCGUACGGAGCCCGAGGUCGUGUCGAGCAGAUACUGUGUUUUGACGGUCAACGGUCAGGUCGUGUUCGCGACACGAUAUGUUUUAAUUGAAUAACGGUGCUGAGGUGGACACGCUUUGAUGUUGUUUUUGUUUUGUAUACUGUGAGAAACUGCUGAGGUAGCCGGCAAAGUGUUGGGUGUAAAGCUAGAAAUGAAGACGGAGCACCGCACGUGCUGCGCGUGCGGCGAGCCCAUCGCAGAUCGGUUCCUGCUGGAGGUGGGGGGCGGCGCGUGGCACACGGGCUGCCUACGCUGCUGCGUCUGCGCAGUGCAACUCGACCGACACCCCUCGUGUUUUCUGCGAGACCGCCAGGUCUACUGCAAGCAGGACUAUGCCAAGAGCUUCGGCGCGAAGUGUUCCAAGUGCUGCCGGGGCAUCUCCUCAUCAGACUGGGUGCGGAAGGCGCGCGAGCAGGUGUACCACCUGGCGUGCUUCGCUUGUGAUGCAUGUGGACGACAACUAUCUACCGGGGAGCAGUUUGCACUCCACGAAGACAGAGUCCUUUGCAAGCCUCACUAUUUGGAGACGCUUGACGGAGGAUCGAUUUCUUCUGAUGAUGGCUGUGACUCGGAAGGCUAUCACAAGAGUAAGGCGAAACGCGUUCGAACAACGUUCACCGAGGAACAACUGCAGGUCCUUCAAGCAAAUUUUCAACUGGACUCGAAUCCCGACGGACAGGAUCUGGAGCGAAUCGCGCAGGUCACGGGCCUAAGCAAGCGGGUGACGCAAGUCUGGUUCCAGAACAGUCGAGCGAGGCAGAAGAAACAUCAGCACACUGGGAAAGGAAAGCAGAGUCAGCUGAUGUCGAGGGACAGUGACCCGGUGGGGUUUGGCCGGCCAAUCAACCUCCACCUCACCUACUCGUUCCAGAACAAACCGCCCUUUGUCCCGAUAGACGGCACUUCAUUCACGGACUCAUCGAUGGACGAGCUGUCGGAAGAUUCGUCGAUUCAUUGCAUGCAGAGCGAGAUGUGAGCUCCGCCGGUCCGGCCACCUCGCACGUGUAAAUAUGUACAACUCUAUAAUACCGUCGUUAUACCUUUAUUAAGUAUCUAUGUAAUCAAUUGUAUCUAUGUAUCAAGUUCCGUAUAUGCCAUAAAUGUCAGUGUAAGUACGUUUCCACUGAUCGUUCGACUUAUACAUAUGUAAGUCAUACGUAAAAAGCGAUUUCAAUUAAUAUUUGAUUUGACUUGUCCACGGUUAACCGCCAAAACCACCUAACUGAUAUUUAUAAAAUAGUUUUUUUUUCUAUCUCGCCUCUCUUCACCUUUUUUUAUAUUACAUGGAAAGUUUUUAACUAAUAUAUUGGGAAUUAAUGUUUAAACCAACUAUUUUACUUUUUUUUUUCACCAUAUUAAUACAAUUAUAUUAUUUAAAUUGGAAAAUUUGGAAUUUAGACCGUGUUUCCUUUAAAAUGUUGUCCGUGUUAGUUAGGUGAUGCUGGCGGUUAACCGCCGUUGUAUGUGUAUAGGACUAAAUUGUUGAUACAAAGCUUCAAAGGAGAAUGCUUGUACUCCCUUAAUGCAGUUCAUUGCUACAGUUUACAUUACAAAUACAAGAUGGCGCUUGUGUUAAUCUGUAAUGUCACAGACUUAACAUCUCAUGUUACUAUAAAAUAAAAUAUAUGUAACUAGACGAUAUCUAUACAUAUAGGAUAUUGCAGAAAAAUUGAUAUGAAGGUCUUAGUAAGAGCAAUACAAGCCAAAAAUAUUUUAAUUAAAAUUUUGUCUGUCUGUAUGUUUGUUCCGGCAUCACACAAAAACUACUGCUCCAAUUGCUGCAAUGCGGUUUUUCUGUAAUUUUUCGUAGAUAUCACACAAAAUAUGGCGUAUACUUUAUCUUAUUACGUCAUCUGAAAGUAGUUUAUUAGGUACUUCCAAAAGCCACGCGUUCGAAGUUGCAGGCAAAAGAGAGAUAUAUAUAACAUUUUUUAGUUAGUAGACUAGUGACUGUAGGGGUUAUUACACUGUCAUAUAUGUAGGAUCAUAUAUAGUUCAAUCAGUACAUUAGCAUCAUAGGUUUAGGCUUAUUAUUACUAUUAGAUCAGCCGUUAACUGUCCACUGCUGAACAGAAGCCUUCCCCAUAAGGGGAGUUUGCCAGUAGAUGCCACGCUUGGCAGGCGGGUUUUUUUUUAACGGAUAAUAAUGGAAUGGUAACCCCACCCGCGCUAUCGGUAUACACCGGCGGGGCACCAGUGAAGGAGCAGGUCAGUUAGCCCAUCGUGGCGAAUUCAACAAGAAUUGUUCACGAUGGUUUCCAGGGGGUGUCACGUGGUGGUCGACCUAAUAAGGCAUAUUGCUAGCAAUGGGGCCGUCAAACUCCAUUGCUAACAAUCCCUUUUCCCUCUUAGCAGGCAGGUUGGCAACCGCAAGCCUUGGUGAUGUUUUAAGAGAGAUUUUGCUGCCUAUCCUUCAACCGUAAAUUGGUUCAGUCGCCUCUUACGACACCCACGGGAAGGAAAGGGGUGAUCUAUUCUAUGUACACGGCAAUUUAAGGCUUCAUCCAGUAAGAUCACAUAUGGGUUUUCACGCUUUCUUAAAUACAUCUCAUACGACUAUGACUAUAUAUAUGAUCUUAUCUUAUCUUAUAUUCCCAUAUGGGGUCAGCUAAGCCGUUGCACGUCGACCCAUCGGGAUUUUUUGUGCUUCCCCCUGCCUUAUACCAUCAUUUCAUAGAUCCUUUGUAUUACCUUAACGAUAUCCCGCGUUUUAAGAUAUCUGUAGUCCCCUGGCUUUGGAUAAGCCGUAUAUAUGAUAGUGUAAUAACUCAAAUGCAAUCCAUUAAGUACAUUCCACAUGUUUUAGUGUCAUACGAAAUUAAAUUAAAAAUAAUGCGCUUAAAACCUGUAACAGCGUUCUGUUACUAGUUCUGUAAAUAUUUUGCCAAAAUACGUUAUUAGAAUAAAAGAGGUUUAAUAUAAUUAUAUAACGCAUAUCACUAUGUUGUGAAUGUUAACUAUACUACAUGCUACAUCUAUGUACUACAUUGGUCUUACCACAAAAAGUUUUUUUUUAUUAACGAUAAUGGAAUGGUAAAUCCGCCCGCGCCAUCGAUUUACACCGGCGGGGCACGAGUGAGGGAUGAUGGGUGAAAAUGAAAAAGCACGUCAGUUAGCCCAUCGUGAUAAACACACAUAGAAUUCAGCACGACGGUUUCCAGGGGAACCGCGUGGAGAUCGAGUUGACCAGGCAUAUUGCUAGCAAUAGGACUGGGGGUCCGCAUUACUAACAAUCCCUUCCCCCCACAAAAAGUUUAGCUUGCGAUAGACAGGUGUUAAAUACGUGCUUAGACGUUUUGCUACGAAAGAGUGUUUAAAAUAAACAAAAGAAAGUCGUGUUUAAAAUAAAGAUGUAAAUAUAGUACAUUACUGUAGCGGCCAGCAACUGAAGCAUUGACGGAAGAACGUACAAAUGUGGGCCGAGGCGUAGCCGAGGCACACAUACGUGAGUCCAUCAAUGCCUAGUUGUGGCCAAGGCUUGUAUAAUACUUUUCUCAAACAAUGCGCGGAAAUCAAAAACACAAUUUUACUUUUUAAAUUCAAUGACGAAUAACGAACAAUAAUAAUUUUUUACGCGCCAUAAUGUUCCUUUGUUUUUUUUUUUUUUUCAAUAAACAGCUUUCUAUUUGCAAGCCAGUUCGAAAUUUAAAUAAAACCUUUUACUAGUUAGCUCCUUGGUAGCCAUGUUUCGAAGUAAAAGGUCAUUCCAUUUUUAAAUUACAGGACAGAUAUGAGUUUACAUAGUAAUUUAUCUGGCCGCAAAACACGACAGAUAUGGAUUUUCAUACAACUUUUGCCGGCCGCUACCCGCAUGUAAUCUCUAAGAAAAUUGUCAUAGUAAUGCUCACAUUUCCAAGCAUGUUUGAGAAAAAUAAAUUUUACUAUAAUAAUCUAUAGAUUUUGACCACAUUAAAUUACAAAUGAACAUUAUACCACCGACUAAAAAAUGUUAGAAUUGUAAACACUGUUUAAAUUGAGGCAGUGUCUUUCAAUAUUUUUGUAGUAAGACCGUAAAUGUUCAAUUAAAAUAGAGAGCGAACAUUAGGGCAGUCGUUGUGUAAGAUUCCGUAUUGUUUUGUAUUAAAUUCAUAAUAAUGUAGAGUGUUAAAGAAGUCGUUUUAUCCGAAGCCUAAUACGUCGUGUAUAAUCCGCCGAAUUUAAUAGACACCUCGCUCUUAGGGCGUAAUAUUACCAAAUUAGUAUACUUUCAUUAGUGGAUUAUACGAAGCGAAUCGUAUUAUGGUACGCGUAAAACUACUUUUUAACCUUCCCGAAUUCUUCCAUCGUUCACACAUUUUAAACUUUAAUUUCUCAUUUUAAAUUUGAACUAUAAAUCUCUUGUAAAAACUCAUUUUACUUUUAUGUACAACUUUAUUGAUUCCGCGAAAUCAGAUUUUGUGGAAUUGAUUUAUACGUACAUUUUAAAAGGUCGUUUACGUCGCUAAACAGGUGAGUGCGUCUUAAAACUGUGCUUGGUGGUAGGAACCUACAGUCCUACGAAUUUAGAGGUUUUAUACGAAGUUGUAACUAUGAAAUAAUGUUUUACAUUAAUAUGCUCGUAAUAUCCAAUGUUGACGUAAUGAAAAAUAUUGCUUCAAUAUUUCGUAUAAUAACAAAAGGGAGUAAAUGAUCUUUGACCUCUGAAAAAUAUUACUGGUCAUCUCUAUAUUAUGUUUUAUUCUUCUUUUUUUUUUUGUUUAUUUUAUGUAAAAGUAACUACAACGAAAUGAUUACAGCUUUUCAAAUGUAAUGUGUGUAACAAUAUGCGUCUACUAAAUCACACACAGUCAUUUUUUAAUAUAUAUAUUUUUUAUUAUUCUGUAUAUAAUUAGUACUUAAUUAAAUCUAAUAUAAAAUUAUAAACUUAAUAAUUUAAGCCGACCUUUAUUAUUUAUUGUAAAAAGUUAAGUUACAAAGUAAUUUAUUUAUUUCUAGUAACUGUGAUAUGUCAUGUCGUAACUUUAUUCAUGAUUUUAUCUUAAUAUAAUCCAUAUAGGAUUUCUUAGAUUUUUAUAUAAUUAUUAUAGUCGUGUCAAAUAGAUGUAGUGCCAAAUGUAUAUUUUAUAUUGUUGUAAUCCAUUGUUCGCGUGACUUCUGGUCUUUUAGUUUCUUUGGCUGGGACUAUAAAUAUCUGCAUGUAGUUAUUUACAUACAGGGUGAAAUCCAAACUAUUAGAAUUCUUUUAAAGGAGUGUCCUAGCAGUGUAAAUAAAUGAUUUACCCAUACGAAAAAACAUACUUCGAUAAUACAUCCUGGUUUGAAAUAAAUACAUACAUUGAUGUUAAUAAAAAAAAUUCUACAAUUAGUCACAAUUUAUUGAAGUACUAAACAGUGCGAUUGGUAUCUUCUAUUUACCUAACAAUUUAUCAAUUAUAAGACCUAACUGGUCUUAUAAUUAUUUCGCAGUAAACAUAAAUCAAGAACUAAAAAGAGAUUAAAAGGUUUUUUUUUAUUAAUUCCGUCCGUUCAACUGUAACGAAAUAAUAUCUUAUUGGGCACUGUCUUGCACUCAUUUGACAUCUAUUGGAUAUCAUUUGUCGAUUUAAUUACAUAUCGAUUGUGUCAAAACUCAUCACCUAUUUCAGCAAAAUAAACCUUAUAGCAAGUAGUUAACUCACAUUGCUUAUUUAUCUCUAAUUGUAAAAAGUAAACAAGUUCUGUAACCUGCAGUUGAAAAUAUGUCUAAAUAAUCAAUAAUCUGCAAUUAUAUACAAAAGGAUAAUAAAUUAGUGUAUAUACCUACCUACAUAUUAAUAGUCCACGAUCAAACAAACAUUCUUAUAUAUUAUUGUUAAGUUUCAUAAGGACAAAUUAUAUUUUAAUUGUAACAAUAACCCGCUGGGUAACUGGUGAAAAGACGUCAAAUGGACGUUACCUUCCCUUUUAUUUGACGCCUUUUGAUUUGAUCCAAAUGCGAUCCAUCACAACUAUUUAUUCAUAUAUAUUUGUGCUGUAAUAAUAAUGUUAUAAUUAAAAAAUAUAUUGUCCACAUAUUACUAUUCUAUCUCAGUAUUUAUGGUUUGUCUAUGUAUUGUAGAUAGCUAGUUUUAGUUGACAGUUAAUGUAAAUUUAAUAUUCCUUCUAUUUAUAACGGUAGGCGGUGUACUUAUUCAAAACAUGUACAGAUUGAUAUAUUAUAUACAGUAACAUAAUUUAAACUCUAUUUUAUACUGAUAAUCUACGCUGUAAAUUGCUUGUUUAUUUAUGAACAAAUAAUAAGGACGGUUCUAAAAUAUUAUUCUCUAAAUCUCUUUCUGGAAACGACACUAAUUUUUGAAAAAUAAUUUUAGAAAAGGAUACUUUAGAAACAGUCCUAAUCAUAGUCGUACCGUUUUACGAAAUGUCAAUCUUAUCUGUCUAAUUUAUAAAGCUAGUGAAUUUGAACUAUAUAGAAAACUACAUAUUUCCAAUCGGCCUCAAAAAUUGUACAUUGUGAGUGUAGUCGCAGGCCGCUAAACAAUUAUAGGUACCUAAAUAAGUUUAUUCUGUACAAAUUAAUGAAUAUAAUUAUUAUGUUGAUUAA